UCACACUUAGCUUGGAAACAACCUCCAGAGCAACAACAAGCAUUGCGGGGCCAGCCAGGCUGCUCGACAGAGUCAUGCCGGCACCGGACGAUGUCCGGUUCAAACUCGGCAUGCCGACUGGUGUCACUCGUUGAAUUCUCUUCCAUUUUACCUAAGAAAAAUUUUCUCCGCGUGGGAGUUGUGGGUCCUUUUUUGCCUUCGCGGAACCGCACCGGGGACGUGCAAGCGAAAACGGAAGUUUGCAAGAUGGAGGCCGAGAAAAAUUUUUGCCCGCUUUCUCCAGACAGCUAUCCCUCACUGAUCUGCUAUCCGGGGUGUCAAUAGGCACUUGACGAUUGCCCCCAUUCUUUUGCGCCGUCUCCAACCCAUUAGCCCCUCAUGGCAGCUAAAGAUGUUGCCCCCGCGCCCGAGAUCACCAGCAACGCGGUGAAAGGUGACGCUUUCGACUCGGAUACCAAGCAUGUUGCACAGGAUAUCAAACCAUCUGAUGCGGAGGGCAAUCACUCGAGCUCUCCUCCCGGAGAGCUGAAGCGCAAGCUGAAGAGUCGGCAUCUGCAGAUGAUCGCAAUCGGUGGAACUAUCGGAACCGGUCUAUUCAUUUCAAGUGGAACUGCGAUCGCAUCCUCUGGCCCCGCAGGCGCUCUGCUUGCCUACAUCUUCGUCGGCUCAAUUGUCUACUCCGUUAUGACCUCGCUCGGCGAAGUCGCGACCUACAUUCCCAUCCCCGGCGCCUUCACCUCGUACGCUGCUCGUCUGAUCGAUCCGAGUCUUGGUUUCUCUAUGGGAUGGAUCUACUGGUUCAACUGGGCAUCUACAUUCGCCGUCGAGCUCACCGCUACGGGAACCAUUAUUCAGUAUUGGGACCCUAGUCUGAACAUUGCGAUCUUCAUAGGUGUCUUCUGGGUGUUUAUUACCGCCUUGAACUUCCUUCCUGUGAAUUUCUAUGGCGAACUGGAGUUCUGGUUCUCAUCGAUCAAGGUCGCCACUGUCAUUGGUUUCAUGAUCUUUGCCAUUUGCAUCGACUGCGGUGUGGGCGCGCAGGGCUAUCUUGGAUUCCGUUAUUGGCACAACCCUGGUGCCUUCGCGACCCAUUUGAUUGAGCAGCCAGUGUCAGUAGGCAAGUUCGUUGGUUUCUGGGCCGUCUUGAUCCAAGCCGGUUUCUCGUAUCAAGGAACGGAGCUCGUGGGUGUGGCUGCUGGAGAGACCGAGAACCCCCAGAAGACUGUGCCUUCUGCCAUUCGCAAGACCUUCGUGCGAAUCCUCCUCUUUUUCGUGCUCACCAUCUUUUUUAUUGGCUUAGUCGUUCCCUACACCAACGACAGACUGACCACUGCCAAGACCAACGCUUCCUCCUCGCCUAUGGUCAUUGCUGCCGAUCUGGCCGGUGUUAAGGUUCUGCCUAGCCUGAUCAACGCCGUGUUGCUGACUGUUGUCCUAUCGGCAGCCAAUUCCAAUGUGUACAGCGGCAGCCGAAUUUUGACUGGACUCGCACACGAGGGUUUUGCUCCCAUGUUCUUCGCUCGUACCACCAAAGGAGGCGUUCCAUACAACAGUGUCAUGUUCACUGCCCUUUUCGGGCUUCUGGGCUUCAUGAACGUGUCCAAUAACGCGGGCCAGGUGUUUAACUGGCUAGUGAACUUGUCUAGUGUGGCUGGAUUCGUGACUUGGUCCUCGAUCAAUGCAUGUCAUAUUGCUUUCAUGCGCGCAUUGAAAGCUCGUGGCAUCUCUCGCGAUACGCUUCCUUACAAGGCUAUUCUGCAACCCUACCUAGCCUACUACGGUCUUUUCUUCAACGUCCUCAUUGCUCUCACCCAGGGCUUCACAGCUUUCAUCCCCACUUUCGAUGUCACCGACUUUUUCAUCGCCUACAUCUGCAUCAUUGUCUUCGUGGUGCUUUACCUGGGACACAAGAUCAUCAUGCGGCCCGCUUUUGUUCGUGCUGCCGAGGCUGACCUUGAUACUGGGCGAAUGGAGUAUAAGAAGGACAUCAGUCCUCCCAAGCCUUGGUAUUGGAGAGUCUGGGGUUGGAUUACGAAGUAAGGAUGGCAUGGACUGGAAUGAUUCGAAAAUAGAAUGACAUGUAUUUAUAUUGCGCUGGACAUAUUUUAGAGCGUUAUUGCACACUAACGAACUUUACUUCAAUUUAUUGCUACGAUUUUCAUGUAAUCGG